AUGCACAAGCACUGCAUAAUGGUAGAAUAUUUCGGCAUUAGCUUUGCCCCUAAUUCCAGAUCUAAGCGCUGCAGUGCAUCAGUUCACCUCAAGGGGUCCCUUGGCAGGAAAAAGAAUGAGCCGCCUGGCGGGGAGAUGCAGCAACGGAAUCAUGGAUUCACUGCGGCAUCGAGGAAAGAUCGGCGGCCCGCGAGUCUCUUCGUCGCCUCUCGAGGCAAGACUCUGAUGAAGGGAAUCGAACAUGGCUCUGCUCUCUGGGAAGAUGCCGAGAGGCGGACUAGAAGACCACAGAAAAUCUCAAAGGAUAUUAGCAUGCACGGAGAUAUCAUUCUCCGACCCAUUCGCGAUCUAUACUUUCUUCCAUCGCCAUAUUUCUUCAUGGACGCAUGUGACCUAUACCCACCUCCUAACAUAGAUUCCGCACCCCGUAUUCCUCAAUGGCACACAAUGCUUCAUGUAAAUGCUGGUAAGGGGUAUCCUGACACUACAGACAGGCUUCCUGUUAGGCUGAUGAUAUUGUCUCAGACUGUCUAUGACCUGGGAAGAGACAACCUGCUGUGGUAA